GUCUGUCUGUCUCUCUCUCUGUCUCUGUGUGUGUGUGCAUCUCUCUCUCCCUGUCUGUGUGUGUGUGUGUGUGUGUGUGUGUGUGUGUGUGUGUGUCUCUCUCUCUCUCUCUUUGUCUGUCCUCCUUGAAAACGCUCCCUAAACCCUACCUCUUAGACUUCCCAAAGCCUGUCCACCAUCUACAAGGCACAAGUCAGGAGUGUGAUGGAAUACUCCCCACUUGCCUGGAUGAGUGCAGCUCCCACAACACUCAAGAAGCUCGACACGGUCCAGGACAAAGCAGCCCCGCUUGAUUGGCACUCCAUAAUAUCUAUACUUAAUUCUUGUACACGGGGAUACGGACUGGCCUUUGGAGCUCCUUGAGACCUGAGUUCACUCGAACCGCCUUGUGGUGCUACAAGGUGAACUGACAAGCCUCAAGAGAAGGUCCAAAGUUAUAAUGCCCGGCUGGGUGUGGAACAUUCAAUCAUGCUGCACCCUGCCUCGCCUCAGGUACUCAUCUCCUGCCAGGAGAACUACUCCCAGGGUAGAAGGAAAUUAUUUUUACUCAGUGAAAGUUUCCAGUGGUCAUUUGGGGUGGGGUUUAAAGGCACAACAAGGCCCCCUCAAGCAUAGUCAAAUUCCCAGAGUCUAUGAUGGAUAACUAGGCAGCACGUUAAAGUACGUCCGGUGGGAUCGAAGUAAAUGAUUUUACAAUGAGAGCACAUGAAUUACUAGGGCAUUGAGACAGCUUGCAGCUACUGGCAGAUGCAUCAAUUAUGGAAAUGCCAUUUCUAAUCAUGCUCCCUGAAUGUGGUUUCUACAAAGAAGCUGCAGGGAAACAGAUUUAAAGGCACCAGCCAUCUCUAAUUACAAAGACAUGGUUUAAGACAUAACAAGGCUCCCUACUUAUCACAUUCCUCACUUCCCUCAGUCUUUCUCUUCUUCCGAAACCUUCAGGCUUUUAAAAUUACAAGCCUGGCCCUGUGACAAACAAGUUUUUCCCUGCCAUGGAUUAAGCAAUUCUCUCUCUCCUCUUUCCCUCUCUCUCUCUCUCUCUCUGUUAUGACGCAGCAGUUGGUAAAGGCUGAGUUAUUUAAAACCCCAAAGGGAAACUUUAAACAACUGUCAUAACCUAUAUUUUCAAUUGGUAUGUUUGAGAUGCAGCUCUGAAUUGAGGAAUAAAACCCACCGAGCCUCGGGGGGUUUUUUAUAUGAAUUAAAUUAAACAUUUAUUCAUUUAACAACAAAUAUAAACACACACACAUGUCUACAAAUUGCUACCAUGAUAACUUUUAAAUACAUUCUCAAAUUAAUCACUCCUGGGUAUAUAUCUUCACCAAGGCAACAACAACUCAUAGAGCUCUCCCUCUCUCUCUCUGUCUGGCCGCCAUGGGUCAUCAGCAGCUUUGCUGGUCCCACCCUAGGAAAUUCGGCCAGGGUUCCCGCUCAUGCCGAGUCAGUGUGAACCGACAUGGCCUGAUCCGGAAAUAUGGCCUCAACAUGUGCCACCAGUGCUUCAGACAAUACGCUAAAGAUAUCGGCUUCGUCAAGCUGGACUAAAUCACAAAAGGAGCAAGAAUGCAUUCCAAUGUAGUGUGAAAUGGAAACGCAGCAUGUGUUGAACAACUUUCUUCUGUCUUCACCUGGAAAAAGCAAACUUGUGAUGCUCCAUUUUUGUAAAUAAAAUCAAAUUGUCCUUUGA